AUGCUCCAGCGGGCAGCAACAGCGCCACUAUGCUCCAGCGGGCAGCAACAACACCACUAUGCUCCAGCGGGUAGCAACAGCACCACUAUGCUCCAGCGGGCAGCAACAGCACCACUAUGCUCCAGCGGGCAGCAACAGCGUCACUAUGCUCCACCGGGCAGCAACAGCUCCACUAUGCUCCAGCGGGCAGCAACAGCUCCACUAUGCUCCAGCGGGCAGCAACAACGUCACUAUGCUCCAGCAGGCAGCAACAGCACCACUAUGCUCCAGCGGGCAGCAACAGCACCACUAUGCUCCAGCGGACAGCAACAGCGUCACUAUGCUCCACCGGGCAGCAACAGCUCCACUAUGCUCCAGCGGGCAGCAACAGCUCCACUAUGCUCCAGCGGGCAGCAACAACGUCACUAUGCUCCAGCGGGCAGCAACAGCACCACUAUGCUCCAGCGGGCAGCAACAGCACCACUAUGCUCCAGCGGACAGCAACAGCGUCACUAUGCUCCACCGGGCAGCAACAGCUCCACUAUGCUCCAGCGGGCAGCAACAGCUCCACUAUGCUCCAGCGGGCAGCAACAACGUCACUAUGCUCCAGCGGGCAGCAACAGCACCACUAUGCUCCAGCGGGCAGCAACAGCACCACUAUGCUCCAGCGGGCAGCAACAGCACCACUAUGCUCCAGCGGACAGCAACAGCGUCACUAUGCUCAUGCGGACAGCAACAGCUCCACUAUGCUCCAGCGGGCAGCAACAGCUCCACUAUGCUCCAGCGGACAGCAACAGCGUCACUAUGCUCCAGCGGGCAGCAACAGCUCCACUAUGCUCCAGCGGGCAGCAACAGCGCCACUAUGCUCCAGCGGGCAGCAACAGCGCCACUAUGCUCCAACGGGCAGCAACAGCGCCACUAUGCUCCAGCGGGCAGCAACAGCGCCACUAUGCUCCAGCGGGCAGCAACAGCGCCACUAUGCUCCAGCGGGCAGCAACAGCUAUGCUCCAGCGGGCAGCAACAGCGCCACUAUGGUCCAGCGGGCAGCAACAGCGUCACUAUGCUCCAGCGGGCAGCAACAGCACCACUAUGCUCCAGCGGGCAGCAACAGCACCACUAUGCUCCAGCAGUUAG